GGCGCAUCGCAACCCCACCCCCAACCCGCUCCGGCCGCCACCGACCGAUCGAUCGCCCGGAGAUCGCCGGACCCUUCCGCGAAUCUAACCCGUGCCGCGUUUCGUAGCCUUCGACGACGAUGUCGGGAGCCGGAGAGGAGGACAAGAAGCCGGCGGAGGGCGGCGCCCACAUCAACCUCAAGGUGAAGGGACAGGAUGGCAAUGAGGUGUUCUUCCGUAUCAAGAGGUCCACCCAGCUGAAGAAGCUGAUGAACGCCUAUUGCGACCGCCAGUCUGUGGACAUGAAUGCCAUUGCAUUCCUUUUUGAUGGCCGCAGGCUUCGCGGUGAGCAGACCCCAGAUGAGCUGGAGAUGGAGGACGGCGACGAGAUUGACGCCAUGCUUCACCAGACCGGAGGCUACAUGGCUAGUGCUUAGAAAGCCCUUGUCGUAGCCUCGUUUUGCUGCGCUGUGCGCCCUACCUUCCAUAGUAAACUAAAGAAGUCAUGAAGGAACUUGUGAGGCUCUGGCCCCUCUGUGUGCCAUUGCUGAAGGACAUCUGUAGUCUUGUUUAGUAAGAUUUGGUACUUUGGCGUGUCAUGACUCGUUUAUCUAUCCCCUAAUAUAUCCUCCCCUGUGUGUACUCCCAAUGAUCGCCCAUGGUUUGUUUAACCUGCUCGAAGUGCGCCUUGCUUUGCUGACCAA